GGCUCCUCCUCAGUGCCUCGGUGCGUGGCUGUGCUGGAGGGUGUGGGUGCCUGGGGAGUGUGUGGUUGGGAGUGAUUUGCGUGCUUCAUUUUUGAAAUUUGAUGAAUAGAAGGAAUAAAGGGAAAAGAAGAAAAGACUUAGAAAAACUGUGAAUAUUAGGAAAUGACAACUGAAUAACGCUGCAGAAAAAGAAGAAGAAGAAGAAGAAGAAAUACAGUGAAAGAAAGGCAAAAUACACCAUUGAAAAACUGAAUAUCUUAGAGCAGUGUGAAUGAAGCUGUGCAGCGAGGCUUGGGAGGGAUCAGUCACGAAGGCAGUUAGGCAGUCAGUCAUUCAGUGAGUCAGUGAAGUCAGGAUAUCAUUCAGUUUAUUCGCCACUCAUUCAAGUAUACCCUCAUGAUCAGCUCUCAAAAAACAGUAGAUAAUCAGUUAGUCAAGUCAGUAAGUCAGUUUAUUUGUCUCUCGUUGGCGUAUACAAAUCCCUCAGUAGAAGUCAGUCAGUCAGUCAGUCAGUCAGUCAGUCAGUCAGUUUACGUCAUUCAUUUAAGUAUAAAAAUUCCUCAGAACAGCCGAACAGUCAGUCAGUCAGUCAUAUAAUCAGUCACCCGUUCAGACACUCAGUAAGCCAGUCUGUCACUUAAACGCUAAAUCAGUCAAGCAGGAAGUCCCUCAGCCAAACAGUCAGCCAAGGAGCCUGUCAGUCAGUCAAUGAGUCAGUCACUUGUACAGCACACACGCUAUACUGUCAGUCUACCAGGAAAUCCCUCAUUUAAUUAUCCCAGUCAGCCAGUUACUCACAAGUCAACGUAACCAUCUGUGCACGAAGGAAAAAAAAUCACACACAAUCAUUUAAUCAGCCAUUGAGUUGAUUAGGGGCAUGUGAACUUGAGUGUGUGUACUCGAGUGUGUAUCUGAGUGUUCGUGAGUGUGUGUGAGUAUUCUUGAGUGCCCCUGUGCCUGCUGUGUGCGUGCUUGCGUGCUUGCGUGGGCGCCAUGUCCCUGCUGUCCCUCACCGCCAAGAUGAUGGCCGCCGUGCAGUGCGGCGGUGGCUCCCUCGGCUCACGCUCCCGAAGGAAGAAAUUUGACGACAACCAGUGGUGGGAGUUGUUUGAUACCAACACGUCACGCUUCUAUUACUACAACGCCACCUCACAGAAGACCGUCUGGCACCGACCCCAAAACUGUGACAUCAUACCCCUGGCCAAGCUGCAGCAGAUCAAGCAGAACACGGAAGUGGCUGACGGACGAUGAUGGCAGGAAGGUGGUCAAAGAAUCCAUCGGAACUCAGACGCCUGCUAAACUGCUUGGAGGAGUGAUGGGGGGGUCAGGAACAUGAGACUCAAUAUUCCUUUCACCAUUCCGGUGGGCACCUCGCCCCCCAAACAGCAGCAGCAGGCGCAGCAUUCCUCCCCAGCCCCGCAGCAGCUUCGCCUCAAGACCAAUGGUUCCCUCCCCUUCUCCACCACCACCACCACCACCAUCUCCUCUUCCACCUCCACCACUACCACCUCCAUCCCUCCCCAUAAAAACGGUGUCCUCCAGGCUGCUGUCCCCAGCAUGGCGUCCACCCCACACCAUCCCAAACUGUCCCCAAGUAGUUCCCUGAGUUCAUCCCGGUCGUCCUUGAGUGGUGUGCCCGGUCCAGGCUCCCUCCAGCGGUGCCACAGUGCCUUCCUGGGGCGGCGGGGCCCACGGGGUUCCCUGCCAGGGAUAAGCAGCAGCAGUGGGGCAGAGGAAGUGCUAGACUGCGGGGGGGGAGGCGGGGCAGGGCGGCGUGGGGGCCGGCUGAGGUGGUCAGGGCGGGCCGUGCCGCACUCACGGACUGGCCCUGGCCCGGGGUCAUUGCAGAAGAAGGAACCAUCCGGCCUGACGGAUGGCCUCUCCCUCCCACACUCCUUGGCUAGGAGGGUGACCAGCUCCACCACACAGACUUCCUCGGCACCCUCCCCGCGGCCCACCAGGCGGCCCUCGGCUCCCACCACCUCUCCCAGCGGCGGCGGCAGUGGAAGCAGAGGUGGCAGCAGUGGCAGCACUCCAGGCCAUCACCACCACCAUCACCACCGCCAUACUGGAUCAUGCUCCCACCACCACCAUCACCACCACCACCACCCCGAGGCCACCAAUGGGGAGGCAGGUGGACGCAGGAUGCGCCGCAGCUCCCAGUCCUCGCAGGGGUCCUCACUGUCCUACACCCGCCCCUACAAGCAGGUCCCAGAGGCUGUCUCAGCACCAGCCAUUGUCCUCCUGCAGGAGUCAGGUCGUUCCAGCGACAGUUCCAUGUCACAGAGCCGCACUUCCUUGGAGAGCUCCGGCUACCGGCUGCUGGAUUCUCCACGGGGCGGCCCCAGGGACACCAAGUUGGCUCUGGCAGGGAACAGCAGAGUGGGUGAGCGCCGCAGCAAGGAAGGAGACCCUGCUUCCUCUCCACGCUCGCCCGAUUCCAUGUCUUCUCAGUCCUCCCCAACUCAUCCCCAAGGGGCCCCUGGCACCCCCUCCUCCCAUCGGCGACCUCAUCCGGACAGAAGAGAGCCAUCCUCGCGCUACAAGGGGGCACCGCAGCAUGACUUUGCUCUGCUACAGAUGGCCAAGCAGCGAAGCUUUGAUGUCUCCAACUACCCCAAGAGGUCAGAGCUGAACCUGGACCGGCCACGUGAAAUAGCCCUCUCCCGCAGCUACAGCUUCAUGUCUCGGCCACGCUGCCACGACGAGGAUGGCAUGCAUGAGCGCUUCCUGGUGGCCAGCAGUGGUGGCGGCAGUGGCACCAGUGGCCUGCGUUCAGUGGAGUCCACACCACAGCCACGCCGCCGCAACAAGCAUGAGGCAGCUGGCAGCCCGGACUCGUCCCUGGGCUCCCAUGGUUACCUCAGCCACAGACAACGUUCAGAUAGUUCUGGCCUGGAGAGUCUGGCCACUCCUAUGAUGCACCGCAAGCAGCGCUCCCUUGAGUCAGGUAAAACCAGGCUGAGGGCAGACCUGCGGCCAAGCAGCAGUGCACACACCAGGCUGGUUGCUUCAGAUUCUAGUCCCAGUCCCCCUAGUCCCAAGCACGAGUUCUCACCAUUCACCUUUGAGUCUCCCAAGGGGCAGGACAGUGGGGCAUCCACACUCACUGACAAAGACACUCGUUCCAACUACGGCCGAGGCUCAGCAGACAGCUCACCCCACUCCCAGGUUGACUCUGGCCUGGUCUCUGGCACCACCGGCAGCCGUGGCUCCAUCGACAGCAACUCCCGGCGGACAGAGCGGCCAGACAAGGAGACCAAGCACUCUUCUGCCGAGGCCACCGCCAAGGUCUCCCCAAGCCGGCCAGCCAGCGAACGCGAGGGUCGGCGCUGCAGCCACCGCCGCCACCACCACUGCAGCAAGCACCGCAGCGGUAACCCCGCCCCAGCCUCCGGAGGCAGUGGUGCCACCCCAGCCAGCACCACCACUGCACCAUCAGCCACCACAGACAGUGACCGCAGCGACACCCUCCAGAGCAGCAGCAGCUCCCAACACCUGAUGCAGGCCGGCAGCGGCACAAACAGCCACAACCACAAUUCAAGCUCAGGCAGCAGCAGCACUGCCAAGCAGGCCUCCCCCAGCAGCAGCAGCAAGCAGGCCAGCCCCAGCACUGGUGGUACAGGGCGGCAGACCAGCCCCUCCACAACCACCACCACUACUACCACCACCACCACCACUGCCUCCACUCCAGGCAGACAGACCAGUCCGCAGCACCAUGACCUCACACAUCUCUACUCCAAUCUGGAGUACGUGUAUGAGCAGCCUGUGUACCAGUACAUCAUGGAGCAGGCCAAGCUCACAGGUUACCGGUUUGGUGAUGCUCUGUUUGAGGACGGUGACUCCCUGCACAGUGAUGACUCUGGUGGUCGCCACGAUGACAGCGAUGAGUUUGCCGAUGACGAGGGGAUGUCCAACGCUGACUCUUCCUCACAGGAAUACUUGGAAGAUGUCAACUACUUGGCUGAUGAUGAGAUGUAUUCUGACUUCUACAUGCCAUUUAGCUGGCGGAACAAGACCAAGCUGGAUGAAGAAAACACAGUAGAUGGCACCAAAGAGAGCCAGGCACCUUCGGCAGUCCACAGUGGGCCUGGCAUCACAGCACCUUCGCCACAGGUGGCCCCCAGGACAUCUCUGCCUUGCACCAUCCCCAGUGCAGCCUCCCACACCCCCAUGCCCCCCAACAGCCUCCCCCUAGACACCCAGCAUGCCUCACUCAGAAGGAAGCAGGACACAAGCAACCACCAGCCCCUGUACUCACCCAUCCUGGAGAAGGGCGAGCUAAGUGGUGGUGGUACUGGUAGUGGUGGAGGACAGCUGGGUAACCGUCCGCUCUCCAUCUCCAUCCCGAAUAUGACUGACCCAACACUUACAACCAACCCUGUGACUGGCUCUCUCCAUCGCCCCUCACAGGGACUGACGGCUCUCUCCCUCAUGAAGAAGCCCCCCUCAGAAUCAGACUUUGAGCGGUACAGUGGUGGCGGCGGUGGUGGUGAGGGGCACAACAUGGAGAAGUAUGCACAAGAGAACCUCAACAUCCACACCCGUGGCCUCCUGAGGAAGAAAGUGCCUGUUGUGGACAUGAUCUCAUGGACAAAGGACUUGAUAAGGAAACCUAUGUUGGCCACCCUGGACAAGUCCCUCAAGAACCAGGCGUGUGACUUGUUCCGGCUGGUUCAGAUCUACAUGAGUGACCGCAAACCCAAGCCAGGCAUGACUCUCAACUCAGUGGGAUUGGAUCUGGUGAGCAACUGCUUCAACACAGAAGACCUCAGAGAUGAACUCUUUGUGCAAAUCUGCCGUCAAACCACUGAAAAUCAUAAGAGGGACAGUCUGAGGAGAGGAUGGGAGCUGCUGGCUAUCUGUUUGGCAUUCUUCCCACCUUCAGACAAAUUCAAUCCUUAUCUGGCUGGGUACAUCUCUCGUCACUGUGACCCGGCCUUCUGCUCUAUGUUUCCCGAUGUCUCCAAGUGGCCCAUCCACAUCCAGGUUGCUCACUAUGCCGGCGUGUGCAUGAAGCGCCUGGAGCGGACAACAGUCAAUGGCAAGCGGCAGCGGCUGAAGAAGCCCACACUGGAGGAGAUUGACUUGGCCCGCCUCCACAUCUUCCGAGCCUCCAUGUUUGGCAGCACGAUUGAGGAGGUCAUGGCACUCCAGAGGGACAGGUACCCCCACCGUCGCCUGCCGUGGGUUCAAACCACACUGUCAGAGGAGGUCCUGAGGCUGCAAGGUACCAACACAGAGGGCAUAUUCAGGGUUCCUGCUGACUUUGAGGAGGUACACCAGUUGAAGCAGGUGGUGGACCAGUGGGAGGUUGGUGACUGUGGUGAAGCCCAUGUGUGUGCCGCGUUGCUCAAACUGUGGUACAGGGAGCUGUAUGAGCCCCUUAUCCCAGACUCCCUGUACCAGGCUGCUAUCAAUGCCCAUGAAGACCCUCAGCAGGCAGUGGCCCUCGUCAACAACCUCCCAGAGAUCAACAGGCUUGUGCUUUCCUAUCUCAUCAGGUUCCUACAAUACUUUGCCCAACCAGAGAUUGUGGCAGCCACCAAGAUGGAUGCCAGCAACCUGGCCAUGGUAAUGGCACCCAACUGCUUGCGCUGCACCAGUGAUGACCCUCGCAUCAUUUACGAGAACACCCGCAAAGAAAUGGCCUUCAUCCGAACCCUGAUACAAAACUUGGAUACAGCCUUCAUGGAGGGAGUGGUCUGAGGCAGGAGGGAGGGCAAGGAGUGGCCUUGCGGGGAUGUCAGCAGGUGACGGAGGCAGUGCAGCAGUGUGGCAAUGCGCACACAUUCAACACAAAGAGCGCCCAAAAUGUGCUCCUUAAAUAUUAUGUUGGAGCUGCCCCAAUGUAUUGGUGCUUUACUUUAUUCUACCCUUCUGGGUGCAUCUUGUAUUUUAAAAACAUACUUACAAACACACACACACACACACACACACACACACACACACACACACACACACACACACACACACACACACACACACACACACACACACACACACACACACACACACGGUUAAGUGAUCAUAAAAACAAACAAACAUAUUGUUUUCCCCCAUGUAUUUUUAUUCCUUGUCAUUUGGUGUUUGUGGGUUGCUCUACAAACCAUUAGUGUUGCAGACAGCGUGCUGGCACCAGUGGUCGCUGGCAGUAGAGAUAGUGGUAGUUGGUGGUAGUUGUAGUAGUAGUGGUAUUGGGCAACCUGUUUCUUUCUCUACAGCAUUUAAAGUUGCAUUUAUUGCUUACAAUUACAGGAAACAUGUAUGUGUUGCAUAAUGUUGAUGAGUCUUAGUGCUUUGUUGCUGAAUACUUCAUUUCCACAGUCAAUCUGUAUACUGUACUAUAUGUAAUUUUUUUUUAUUUUUAUACAGUCACUUGUUCCGGAAAUCUUCUUAAGAAUGAUAUUAAGAAUAUCCUUUUCUCCCCUUUCUUUUACUCUCAAUUAGGAGAUAAAAGUUAUAGUAGAUACCUAAUUUAAAAGCAACAUUCCAAAGAUUUGCAAAGUUCAACAUUGGGCCAAGUUGCAUUUAUUGUAGGAGCUUAAGGAACCCAUCCUCCCUCCCUCCCCUCCCUAAAGGAGCUGGAGUACAUGACAAAACAUUUGGAUCCUGCAGGCGACUUCUGAUAUUCAGAAUGUCAAUAUCUGCAGCGAUCCAGUGAACCGAUCUGCUUCCACAAAGAGGACUUGCAUUGUGUUUGUUCAGACUUAAUCAAAAUUUGUUGAUUAGUCAGUGAAGAGGAAACCUUGUGCAUCGAGCCAUUGAUUGUGGGGUUUUGCUGGGAAGGAACUAGGUGUGUUGAGGGAAGAAGGAAGAUAAAUGGUACUGAGAAGUCCUGCCUGGACACCCCUGUUAUCUAGUCCUCAACUUGUAUAGAAUUUUCCUGAACUCUCAUGUGCCAACUCAGACAAAUGAAAAACAGAUCAAAGCUUCUUUGUUUGCAUUUGUUACAGGCACACUAGCUUUUGUUAGGAAACUUUAUAUAUAAUUAAGAUAUUAUUUUUUUAUGCCAUGUUCACCACAGCAUGUAACACACACACACACACACACACACACACAUACACACACACACGCACAUCACAUCAGAUCACAUCACAUCACAUCACAUCACAUCACAUCACAUCACAUCAUACACACACAUACACACACACACACACACACACACACACACACACACACACACACACACACACACACACACACACACACACACACACACACACACACACACACACACACACACACAU